UUCCCUUCCUCAAUCUCAAAGAUGAGCUACUCUAGCACGGCUCCACUGCAACCGCACAACAGUACAAAAUGUAGCAGCUGUGCAUGAAGAAGCCGAGCCGAGCCGAGCCGCUUUAAUUUAAUUAGACCGUCUUGUAAUUAAUUGUAUCCUUAAAAUUAAAUUGAAAACUAAAGUAAAAUAUUCUUAAUUGAUAAUGAAAAUUACAUUUCAUCGACUAUUAACUAAUCCCCAUAUUUAAAUGCGCUAAUUAAUAAUUAAUAUAAUUAAUUAAUAAGCUUUUGUCACUCACAUACAGUCAUCAAAGCAUCAUCUCCACUCCAAAAAUCAUACUACACCAGCCAGUAGAACAAAUACCUGCGGGGUUGGUGGUGCAAUUCUCUCUCUCUCUCUCUAAAAGUAGCAGUUGCUGUAGUGUACAAUUUCUCUCUCCUCUUUAAAAAAAAACCCUUCAUAUUUAUACUGCAGAAUUCUGCCUCGGCGAUCACGACAGGCCCGAAAAAAGCGCAUUUUACAGUAAAGCAGCACAAGCCCAGGUCGUUAGGUUGCGCGUUGGGCACAAUUUCUGUUGCCAGAUGGUGAAAAAUGUCCUUUACACUGUUUGAUUUAUCACCCGUUGUAGUAAUAUUAUCUAGCUUCAUUAAUAGCGUGGGGAUUGUUCUUCAGCUCACAGUCAUUGAUUUCCGUCAUUUUCCUGGUUUAAAGAUUGGUAUCCGUAAUAAAUAUUAUGGGUAUCAAUCUUUUCUCGGCUACUGAAACGACAGCGUUUGGAGCCUCAAACCAUCUCCCGGGCACCUUUCGGACACUGCCCGUAAUAGAAUUAGCGUCGGUUUGCAUCAACUUGACUCUGUUUCUUGUGUUUAUCUUCAUUGUAUCUGCAAGACAGGUUGUAUUAUGUUUCGGUCGGAUUCAUUCUCUCAAGGAUGAAUUGACCCGAAGCUCGGCAGCUAUUAGGCAUAGGGAUGGUGAGGCAAUUCGUAACAUUGUGAUCGGUAAAGAUUACAAAGCUUCGGUUUUCUGUUGCUUUUAUGUUUUGUUCAUCCAAAUUUUGGUGUUGGGGUUUGAUGGUGUCGGUCUAAUUUUACGGGAGGUUAAAAAUUCCGAUUGGGCCGUUAUACUAUUGCCUGCAGCCCAGUCUUUAGCUUGGUUUGUGCUGAGCUUUUCAGUUCUUUCUUGCAAACACAGAGCUGCUGAGAAAUUUCCUUUGUUGUUGAGAAUUUGGUGGGCUGCUUCGUUCGUAAUUUGUCUGUCUACUUUGUAUGCUGAUGGUAGAGGAUUUUUGUCAAAAGGAUCAGGGCAUUUGAGUUCUCAUGUUUUGGCGAAUUUUUUCGUUACCCCGCCUCUUGGUUUUCUAUGUUUUGUUGCUGCUAGGGGUGUUACUGGUAUACAGAUUUGUCGAAACUCUGAUCUUCAAGAGCCAUUGCUGCUAGAAGAAGAAGCAGGGUGUCUUAAGGUUACUCCUUACAAUGAGGCUAGCCUUUUCAGUUUGGCCACUCUUUCCUGGUUGAACCCACUUCUUUCAACCGGGGCAAAGCGGCCACUCGAUCUGAAAGAUAUCCCAUUGCUCGCGCCAAAAGAUCGUUCCAAGACUAACUAUAAAGUACUGAACUCAAAUUGGGAGAAGAUGAAGGCUGAGAAUCCUCAAAAACAACCUUCUCUAGCUUGGGCUAUUCUCAAGUCCUUUUGGAAAGAAGCCGCUCGAAAUGCAGUAUUCGCCGGGUUGAACACUUUAGUUUCGUACGUGGGACCAUACUUGAUUAGCUAUUUUGUCGAUUAUCUCGGAGGGAAGCAGACUUACCCACACGAGGGCUAUGUUCUUGCCGGAAUUUUCUUCAGUGCUAAACUGGUAGAGACUUUAACAACCAGACAGUGGUAUCUUGGUGUAGACAUUUUGGGUAUGCACGUUCGAUCGGCUCUCACAGCAAUGGUAUUCCGAAAGGGGCUAAGAAUUUCUAGCACAGCUAGGCAAAAUCACUCCAGCGGCGAGAUUGUUAACUACAUGGCUGUGGAUGUGCAGAGAGUAGGGGACUAUUCUUGGUACCUACACGACAUUUGGAUGCUUCCUUUCCAAAUUAUCUUAGCGCUCGCUAUUCUGUACAAGAAUGUCGGAAUUGCAUCUGUCGCCACACUUAUCGCCACCGUUAUAUCCAUUGUUGCAACUGUGCCGGUGGCAAAGAUUCAAGAAAGUUACCAAGAUAAGUUGAUGGCGGCAAAGGAUGAUCGAAUGAGGAAGACUUCUGAAUGCCUUAGAAAUAUGAGGAUUCUCAAAUUGCAAGCGUGGGAGGAUAGAUAUCGAGUGAAGCUCGAAGAAAUGCGUAGUGUGGAAUUUAAGUACCUUCGAAAAGCUCUCUACUCGCAGGCUUUCAUCACGUUUAUAUUCUGGAGUUCGCCGAUAUUUGUUUCGGCUAUUACAUUCGGAACUUGUAUCUUAUUAGGCGGUCAGCUUACAGCUGGCAGUGUUCUUUCCGCUCUGGCUACUUUCCGCAUCCUGCAAGAACCGCUUAGAAAUUUUCCCGACUUGGUUUCGAUGAUGGCUCAGACAAAAGUCUCUCUCGAUCGAAUUGCGGAAUUUUUACAGGAGGAAGAGCUGCAAGAAGAUGCGACGAUCUCAUUGCCACAUGGCAUUUCCGAUGUGGCCAUUGAGAUAAAAAAUGGAGAGUUCUGUUGGGAUCAAACAUCCUUUACACCGACCCUUUCGAGCGUAGAAGUUAAGGUAGAGAAGGGAAUGCGUGUGGCUGUAUGUGGUGUGGUGGGCUCUGGCAAAUCGAGCUUCCUUUCUUGCAUCCUCGGUGAGAUUCCAAAAAUUUCGGGUGAAGUUAGAAUAUGUGGUUCUGCAGCGUAUGUCUCUCAGUCGGCUUGGAUUCAAUCGGGAAAUAUAGAGGAAAAUAUCCUAUUUGGAAGUCCAAUGGACAAGGCAAAAUACAAGAGUGUUAUUCAUGCGUGUUCGCUGAAAAAAGACUUGGAGCUAUUUUCGCACGGCGAUCAAACCAUCAUUGGCGAUAGAGGCAUAAACCUGAGUGGCGGUCAGAAGCAACGAGUGCAACUUGCGAGGGCGCUAUAUCAAGAUGCUGAUGUUUAUUUACUUGACGACCCCUUUAGUGCUGUUGAUGCACACACGGGCUCUGAAUUGUUUAAGGAGUAUAUAAUGACAGCGCUGGGUACAAAGACUGUGGUUUUUGUCACUCAUCAAGUCGAAUUUUUGCCAGCUGCUGACUUGAUUUUGGUUCUGAAGGAAGGUCGUAUUAUUCAAGCUGGAAAAUACGACGAACUUUUGCAAGCAGGAACAGACUUUAGCACAUUGGUCUCUGCUCAUAACGAAGCCAUCGAAGCUAUGGAGUUCUGCAAUCUACCUUCUCAAGAAUCAGAUAAUAUUGAUCCUCUGAAUAUGCUUACUCUCAUGACUAAAAAAAUUGAUUCAAUCGGUAAAACCAAUGCUGACAUGGCGAAAAAGAAAGUUCAAGAAGGCGUAUCGCCUUCUGAUCUAAAAGCAAUCAAAGAAAAAAAGAAAGCUAAACGCUUGAGGAAAAAGCAGCUAGUGCAGGAAGAGGAACGAGAGAGAGGAAGAGUCAGCAUGAAAGUGUAUCUAUCGUAUAUGACAGCUGCUUACAAGGGCUUGUUGAUUCCGUUGAUCAUUAUCGCACAAACAUUAUUUCAAGUACUUCAAAUAGCUAGUAGUUGGUGGAUGGCUUGGGCGAACCCUCAAACCGUUGGGGACAAACCGAAAACAAGCAGUAUGGUGCUUAUUCUCGUUUAUAUGGCACUUGCUUUUGGGAGCUCCGUUUUCGUAUUCAUCAGAGCUGUUCUUGUCGCUACAUUUGGUCUUGCCGCUGCUCAGAAAUUAUUUCUGAAAAUGAUCAGAACGAUUUUUCGCGCACCGAUGUCUUUCUUCGACUCUACGCCAGCUGGACGAAUACUGAAUCGUGUGUCCAUUGAUCAAAGUGUUGUUGAUCUCGAUAUUCCGUUCAGGCUCGGUGGCUUCGCUUCGACGACAAUCCAACUUCUCGGUAUUGUUGGAGUUAUGACACAGGUGACCUGGCAAAUUUUGCUGCUUAUUAUUCCGAUGGCGAUUGUUUGCUUAUGGAUGCAGAAAUAUUAUAUGGCUUCAUCGAGAGAGCUAGUUCGAAUUGUUAGCAUACAGAAAUCCCCGAUAAUUAAUCUUUUUGCCGAAUCGAUUGCUGGAGCACCUACUAUUAGAGGUUUUGGGCAAGAAAAGAGAUUCAUGAAGAGGAAUCUUCAUCUUCUUGAUUCCUUCACUCGUCCAUUCUUUUGCAGCAUUGCAGCCAUUGAAUGGCUUUGUCUGCGCAUGGAAUUGCUCUCGACUUUUGUGUUUGCUUUUUGCAUGGUCUUACUCGUCAGCCUUCCCGGUGGAAAAAUAGAUCCAAGUAUGGCAGGCCUAGCUGUGACAUACGGUCUAAAUAUGAACGCACGGCUAUCUCGAUGGAUACUUAGCUUUUGCAAGCUCGAAAACAAAAUCAUCUCUAUAGAAAGAAUACAUCAAUACUGCCAUAUACCUAGUGAAGCACCGAUACUUAUCGACAAUUCGCGACCCCGACCCUCAUGGCCAGAAGAAGGCACAAUCGAACUAAUCGAUUUAAAGGUUCGAUACAAGGAGAGUCUUCCUGUUGUGCUCCACGGCGUCUCGUGUGUAUUCCCGGGCGGUAAGAAAAUCGGAAUUGUUGGGCGAACUGGGAGUGGUAAAUCCACGAUGAUCCAGGCUCUGUUUCGAUUGAUUGAGCCGACAGCUGGCAGAAUAAUUAUCGACAAUAUUGAUAUUUCGACGAUUGGUCUUCAUGACCUUAGAAAUAGGCUGAGUAUCAUACCACAGGAUCCGACAUUAUUCGAAGGAACUAUUAGAGGCAACUUGGAUCCACUCGGAGAGCAUUCAGAUCAAGAAAUUUGGCAGGCACUCGAUAAGUCGCAGCUGGGGGAAAUAGUUCGCGAAAAAGAGCUUAAGCUUGAUACACCAGUUAUAGAAAACGGAGAUAAUUGGAGUGUGGGCCAGCGGCAGCUAGUGUCUCUGGGACGGGCUUUGCUUAAGCAGGCAAGAAUAUUGGUUCUUGAUGAAGCUACGGCUUCGGUUGACUCAGCCACAGAUAACCUUAUUCAAAAGAUAAUAAGAACAGAAUUUAAGGAUUGCACUGUCUGUACUAUUGCUCAUCGAAUCCCUACCGUUAUUGAUAGUGAUCUCGUUUUGGUCCUCAGUGAUGGUCGAGUGGCGGAGUUUGAUACUCCCGGAAGACUAUUAGAGGACAAUUCUUCCAUGUUUCUUAAGCUGGUAUCGGAAUACUCAACCCGUUCGAACGGAGAUUUUUGAUCUAUUCUCGGAGAGGGAACAAUUUUGUACUUAUGUGCAAUAAAAUAGGUCUUUGUUGGAGGGAGGAAACAACAUGUUGUAGAGCUUAAGAAAAGGGAAAAAUAAUUUAUAAUGUUUAUAUUCUUGAAUCUUGAUUAUGUACUGAAGCUACAUUGAAUCUUUUCUUCAAUAUUUCUCUUACAUAGAACACUCGAACACAAUUUAACUAA